AUGGUGUCUCAGUCGGCAGCCUCGACUCCAACGGCGCCGCAGCAGGGAUUCGUAGAUCCGGCAGGCAUCUACAGCCUUAUCAAUUUGAUUCCGGAUCGGCAGCAAUUAGGAUCUCACGCCGUAGAUCCAACCACCCCUCGCCCUGUUUCCCCUGAACCGAUGCCCUAUUGCCCUUCAGACGAUUCGUCAUCCACAAGCACAGCUGAAGAAAAGUCUGUAUUCAGCGAAAAUACAUCUGCAUUCACACAAGCCACGUCUUCUUCGGGUUGGGAAGACGGCGCCUCUGUUUCAGUCGGCGCUCAGGCUCUGGCCAUGACCUUUGCUCAAACUUCCGCCCAAAGCCUACCAACCGAAACCGAUCACGGCUCGCGGUAUGAAGAGACAGAUGGAGUACAACCCCUUGCGGAUACAGCACGGCUCCCAUGCGAGUUGGGGAAAUAUUCCGAAAAGCACUGGAAAUGCGACGAAACGUUUGCUCUUAAUGAUAUCGAAGGGUGGGUUGAUCAUAUAGCGGAAGUACAUUUCAAGUAUGACUAUCCCCCGAAAUCGACCUGCUGGUUCUGCGAUGGCAAGGGGGUCGAAUUCUUCACCAAGUCAGUAACCCAAGAAGAUCGGAGAAGAAACUUCCAGCGCCGCAUGGAGCACAUUGCACAGCACUACCAGGGGGCGAACUGGGAGAGGCUUCGUCGAAGACCUGACUUCUAUGUAAUCAACUUUCUUCUAGAGAAAGGGCUGAUCAACAAGUCCAUGAAGACAGAGUCCGAAGGGUGGAGCGAAAUCGAGAAGCCGAGAUGGUGGCGGGACGAACUCCCAAAGACGUCUCACGGCGAAGGGAACGAAGGGUGGUGUAUCAUAAUUGAAGUUGAUGGCAUACACACACCCAAGUGA